CAUCUACCUUGUGUUGUUUCUAAUAUGGCAGUUGAACAUAGCGGUCACGUUUCUCUUGUUAUAGUGUUAAAUUCAAAUACGCAGAGAACAUAACAUCAGCCCCCGACGCCCCAGUUUCAACAAGAAAGCCCCAGCCGUAUUUGUAGUCAUGUCGGCUUCGAUGGUUAACGGCCAUUCCAUCCCCGGGGAAAUGCGCAAGAGCCACCCCGAGGACGAGUCCGAAUUCCAACUGGAGUUCAGCGACGACACCCACAAGGCACAGAUGUUGACCUCCCUCAACACGAUGCGAAAAAACCGUCACUUCUGUGACGUCAUUCUUCACGUUGGAAAUACCGAGAUUCAUGCGCAUCGAGCUGUUUUGGCGAGUGCUUCGCCUUAUCUGUCGGAGCACUUCGCCAACGACCAGCAGAAUAGGCUCGAGAACGUCGUCACUUUUAAGCUGAACGGAGGGUUCGAUAAGGACGCAUUGAAGAUUUUGGUCGACUAUGCGUACACGGGCAAGUUGGACGUUAAAUAUAAUCAGGUGAAGGCUGUCUUCCUUGCUGCAAACCACCUCAAAAUGGAUCGAGUGACUCGGACAUGCGCCCAACACUUGAUCAAACACCUCUCCAUCGAAAACUGCAUUGAAGUCCGUUCCCUGCCCGGCAUAGCCAGAAACAAAGAGUUCAUCCAACAAGUCGAUGGUUUCAUCGGUAAAGAAUUCGACAAAAUCUGCAAAAACAACGACGUCCUCAACCUCCACUGCGUCAAAAUUGAGGUCCUCAACCAAUCCCGCGAAGAAAUGACCCUCGUCAACCAGAACUCCCUCUGUCGGCUGGUCCUCGAGUGGAUCAAGCGCCAAGUCACCGAAGACUCCAUCAGCGUGGAAAUGCUCUCAGACAAAACAUUCAUGCUCUAUCUGGCCAUAGACAACUCGCUCCAGGACUGCUCGAGCCUACCCACCGGCGAUAUAAGCGACACCGAGAUCGUCCAAGACUACAAGAAGAUGUCCCUGAAGAACAACAACAGCAACCCCAAAAACAAAAGGAAGUUUCUGAGCCAGCCGUCGAAACCGAGGGUGCUCAUUUACAACAGGGAGAUUGGGGAGGAGCUCGAGUUCGAGCUGGAGCCGGAUUGGAAUUUGAUCGCUUCGGAGAAGGUGGGGGAGCACAACUUCUUGGCGCUGGUUACGCUCAGGGGAAAGUUGUCGACACUCUCCAUACAGCUAAGAUUGAACACUCCGUCAACUCCUUCGCCGGUUCAAACUCCUGACUCGAGUAGGCCUGCAAGUGAGGAGAAGCCGGAUCUCUAUUGCGCGCUGGGCAACAUGUCGACCCCUCGAUGUGCUGUCGGUUGUGGCAACUUUUUGAACACUCUGAUAGUAUGUGGUGGCUACGACCGAACUGAAUGUCUUCGCUCCGUGGAACAGUACAUUCCUGAAACCAAUAUUUGGAAACCCCUUCCUUCCAUGCGCGAAAACAGGGGGCGCUUCAAAGUCGCCAUCUUGAGCGACAAGGUGUACGCCAUUGGCGGCAGCAACGGCACUACUGAGCUGGAUUCCGUGGAAAUGCUGGACCUGUCGCUAGACAAAUGGGUCAAAAUGCCCAAAAUGCCAUUGGCCAGAAGUAACAUGGGCGUGUGCCACCUCGAGGGCUUGAUUUACUGCAUUGGAGGAUGGAACGGGCAGGUCGGCAUCAAGCAAUGCGACGUCUUCGACCCGGUCGCUUCGGAAUGGAGUGCUAUCGCGUCCUUGAACACAGGGCGGUACCAGGCUGGAGUCACCGCCUACAACAAACUAGUCUAUGCGAUCGGCGGCUGCGACGCCUGGAAUUGCCUAAACUCCGUGGAGGUUUACAAUCCUGAGGAGAACCUCUGGACUUCGAUUAAGCCGAUCAUUACGGCUCGGCGAGGGUGCGGAGUGGCUGUGUUCGACGGAAAACUGUAUGUGGUGGGCGGUUCGGACGGAUCGCAUUCGUUGAAUUCGACGGAGAUUUUUGACGAAAAGACGCAGAGUUGGGUUGUGGGACCUAGCAUGACCACGCCCAGGGCGAACGUGGAGGUUGCCGUCGUCGGUGAUAGACUGUACGCGGUAGGAGGGUUCUCAGGUAAAACAUUCCUCAAUACUAUAGAAUACCUGGACUCGAAGUCAAACGAAUGGACCACGUUCGUCCCAAAAGGCAGCUGUGAUGCGUUGCUCAGGAAAACACGAAGAGAAAGUACAAGAAGCAUAUCAGAAGAUCGACAAAAUGGAACGUCAGAACACGAUUCGAGGCCUUCAGAAACAGAAAGUGUUGACGAAUUGAGUUCAUAAUUUUAUUUCUUUGUAUGUUAAAAGUUAAUAAUUGUCUCACGCCUAAUUCUACGAUUAGGUCUUCGUAUCUCAUAAUAUUGUAAUCAUAUCUUAGUAAAAGUAUUACGUAAUCAUCUCAAGGAUCACUGGGUCAAAUCUUCACAAAUCUUAAUUAAGACUGGUUUUUAUUUCCCUAAUUGUGAAUUUUUGCGUGCGUUCUAAAGUCUGAAAUGAUUCUUGAGAUGAUUUUCAAUGUUAAGGUUAACACCGAAUUAUAUUGGUAGUUUAUUAUCCUUUUUCCUAAUUUUAUCUACGUUUCAUGGGUUCGAAACAAAUCAGGCAUUUAUAUAUAUGUAUCUGCAAUUUUUUAUAUGAUGAAAGCGAGAAAUAUAUUUUAAAUACUCUUUUCCACUUGCAAUAAUGAGAAUUUUAUGAAGAUGAAACAUUAACAAUAAAAUAAAGUAUUAAAGACACUAUAGAUUAUAAUGUUAAUGUAUUCGAUUGUAUUUAAAAAUAUAGGUAUGAUUGUUAUACUUGAAGAUGUACCAUAAGUCGCUAUUUUGAAAACGUGGCUUUGGUGAUUGGAUAAUUGCAUUAUUUUUGCCAUAUUUGUAUAAUUCAAGUGGUUAUGAAUGAAUAAAUGUUUUUCUUUUAUAUCAGCAA